AUGUCUGGUGGAAAAUCUGGAGGAAAAUCAGCAGCCGCUUCGUCCGCAAAGGCAAGCUCAUCUCGUUCCGCAAAAGCAGGACUUCAGUUCCCUGUCGGCCGUAUUCACCGUCUUCUCCGCAAAGGAAACUACGCUCAACGUGUAGGUGCUGGUGCACCAGUCUAUCUCGCUGCCGUACUCGAAUACCUUGCAGCCGAAAUCCUCGAACUUGCCGGAAAUGCUGCCAGAGAUAAUAAGAAAUCAAGAAUCAUUCCUCGUCAUUUACAGUUGGCGAUCAGAAACGACGAAGAACUGAAUAAACUACUCGGCCACGUAACAAUUGCUCAAGGCGGUGUAUUACCAAAUAUUCAUCAGAACUUGCUGCCUAAGAAGAAUAAUAAGAAGGGUGCCGCUGCUCCAGAAGUCUAA